AUGUCAGUGAGCGCAUUAGUAUUUGCCGCCUUCGUUUUAUUAGUGACGUAUAUUUACUAUUGGUCGACCCGGAAAUUCGAUUAUUGGAAGCGAAAAAAUGUGCCAUACGCUAAACCUGUGCCGUUCUUUGGGAAUUACAUGCGAUAUAUCACUCUGCAGAGUUACAUAGGAGAUGUGACGCAGAAGCUGUGCCAGCAGUUCCCUGACAGACCGUACUUCGGAUCGUUUUACGGCACGGAACCAGCCCUAGUCUUGCAGAAUCCGGAGAUCAUCAAGCAAGUUUUUACUAAAGACUUCUAUUACUUCAACAGCCGCGAUAAUAGUGAUUACAAUCAUAAGGAAGUAGUCACACAGAACUUGUUCUUCGCAAAUGGAGAUAAAUGGAAGGUAGUGCGUCAGAACCUAACACCGCUGUUCUCGUCGUUAAAGAUGAAGAAUAUGUUUUACUUGGUGGAAAAAUGCAACCAUUCCCUUGAAGACAUGCUGGACAAGGAAAUCAAAGACUUGCAGAUUAUCGAGAUCCGGUCUGCUAUGAUAAGGUACACGCUAGACUCUAUCUGCUCUAGCGCCUUCGGUAUUGAAAGUAAUACCUUGAGAGAGGGCGGAGAAAAUAGUCCUUUUGCAAACAUGGGAAGCAUCGUAUUUAGUUCUUCAAUAACUCGAGGACUGAAAUGGAUCAGUCGUUCGAUGUGGCCGGGCAUAUUCUACAAGCUUGGUCUCCAGUGCUUUCCAGCGGAGAUUGACGGUUUCUUUGAGAGAGUCCUGAUUGAGGUGUUCGAGAACCGUGGCUACAAGCCGACGAACCGAAACGAUUUCGUGGACUUAAUUUUGAGUCUGAAACAAAACGAUUACCUGACCGGAGAUGGCUUGGUUCCCAAAAACGUGGACGCAAAGAAAGUGACGGUCAAGGUUGACGACGCCUUAUUGAUAGCGCAGUGCGUAGUCUUCUUUGGCGCAGGCUUCGAAACGUCAGCUAGCACUCUCUCGGCAGCCCUAUACGAACUGGCCAAGAACCCAGAAGCCCAAAGGCGCGCUCAAGAGGAAGUUGACGAACUUUUGCUAAAACACAACAACAAGUUAAAUUAUGAUUGUUUAGCGGAAUUGCCGUACUUGGAGGCAUGUAUGAACGAAGCGAUGCGUCUGUACCCAGUACUUCCUAAUAUCACCCGCGAAGCCGUGACCGACUAUACGUUUCCUGAUGGUCUGAGGAUAGAUAAGGGUAUGCGUGUGCAUGUCCCGGUGUAUGCUAUCCACCGUAACCCCGACAACUUUCCUGACCCGGAAGAGUUCCGUCCUGAGAGACAUUUAGGAGACGCCAAAAACGACAUUAAGCAGUUCACGUACUUCCCGUUCGGAGAAGGGCCCAGGAUCUGUAUUGGUAUGCGCUUCGGGAAAAUGCAGACCAUCGCUGGGAUGGUUACCUGUUUGAAAAAGUACAACUUCGAACUGGCGGAUGGUAUGUCGAAAACGGUGCCCUUCAGAUCCACAACAGUGCUAACACAGCCAAGUACCGGAUUAUUCCUGAAGGCCACACCACGAGACGGCUGGAAGCAACGUAUUUUCGCACGUUAA